AUGGCGGACGGCAGACAACAGCAACGGGCUCAGCCUGGCUCCAACAACUACGAUGCUACUACCCUCAGCCGUGAAUUCGAACAGUUAAUGCGCACAAAACGUUUCAACCAGCUACAAGAAUCCAGAGGUGGUUCGCGAUCCCCCGCCCCCGUCGCCAACUCGUCCCUUCCUCCGCCCUCUCGAGCACCUCCGCCGCCACCCUUUGGCGCCUCGCAUAACCCGUCUCAACCAUCACCAACUCCCAAAUCUAAUGCGCUCAAAGGUCUUCCCAUCAUGCCCGCACCACCUCAUGAUGCCGCCUCAUUGAAAUUCUUCAACUUAUUGAAGGGUCUUUCCGUCACUCCCACCAAAUAUGAGAACCCGGGUCUUUUGGACGAAGCCCUUUGCAUCAUUCCACUUGAUCGCUUGUACUCGGAAGCGGAGGAGGAGAGCCAGAUUAUGCAUGCCCAAUCAGCCAGCACAAAUGGAAAGCCGGAAUGGGGUUACCAGGAUUGUGUGAUCCGAGCAUUACUGAGAUGGUUCAAGUCUUCUUUCUUUCAGUUUGUCAACAACCCACCAUGCUCUCGUUGCCACAUGCCCACAAUCGCCCAGGGUAUGACUCCCCCCAGCCCCGAUGAAACCGCCCGAGGAGCCACUCGCGUGGAACUGUACCGCUGCUCAGAAGGCACCUGUGGUGCUUACGAACGAUUCCCCCGAUACUCCGAUGUCUGGCAAUUGUUGCAGACCCGCCGAGGCCGAGUUGGUGAAUGGGCCAAUUGCUUCAGUAUGCUGUGUCGCGCGGUCGGAGCCCGGGUUCGUUGGGUAUGGAAUUCAGAGGACCACGUCUGGACCGAGGUGUACUCAGAGCACCAGCGAAGAUGGGUUCACGUGGAUGCGUGCGAGGGCGCUUGGGAUCAGCCUCGUCUGUACACCGAGGGAUGGGGCCGCAAGAUUUCCUACUGUGUGGCCUUCUCCAUUGACGGUGCUACUGACGUGACCCGGCGCUAUGUUCGUAACUUCCCCAAGAACGGUAGCCCUCGCAUCCGCACCUCCGAAGAGGUCGUCCUCUGGUCAAUUCACGAGAUCCGACGCAAGCGCCGAGAGAACAUGUCCAAGACCGACCAGGCUCGUUUAAUCAAGGAGGAUGAACGGGAAGAGCGAGAGCUCCGGGGCUACACUGCCUCUGCUUUGGCGGCUGAGAUUAACAACCUCCUCCCGCGCAGCAUGACUGCCCGCGCUCACGAGCAGAAGCAUGCGGAUGCCCUCCAGGAAGCUUCUGGCGAGUGGGUUGCUGCUCGCGGCCACGGCCACUCGGGCCCUGACCGGUCACCUGGUGGGAGGUAA